CUGGUCCGCGCCAAGUGAGCGAAGGAAAAGGAGGAAGAAUGAAAAGAGGAAGAAGAAGACGAAAAGAGUUGACGUUAUAACGACAUCUGUGCUGGUUUUAUUCUUAACCUUCCCCCACGUCGUCUUCCUGACCGUUGACGCGGUCAAUCGAGACUUCUAGUUGUAACGAGAAGCCGUCCAGUAUGGCGGCGGUCGACGUGGAAGACGAGAGUAUUUUAGCGUCCAUGUUCCAGGAUUCAUUCCCGGACAGCUGGAGGGACAAGCCGGACUUGGCGGCCUACUUGUCCGAACUCAGCUCCUUCGGUGUGGACAAGCUGAAUCGAGAGGAGGAGCGCCUGGCCGAGGAGCGGGCUCACAUCCUGCAGCAGACCCGGGAAUUAGCCUUCUCCAACUACCAGACCUUUAUCAGGACCGCCGACUGCACGGAGCACAUCUACCGAGACUUUGGCCGCGUCGAGGCCAGCGUGUCCCGCCUCCUGGAUAAGCUACCCGCCUUGGGACAGAGAUGCAGGGUGUUCGUGAAGGAGGCGGAGCAGAUGGCAGCCAGUCGCCGCAUGAACAGUCUGACGUUGAACCGACACACGGAGAUCUUGGAGAUCCUGGAGAUCCCGCAGCUCAUGGACACGUGUGUUCGGAACGCUUACUACGAGGAGGCUCUGGAGCUGACUGCCUACGUUAAGAGGCUGGAGAAGAAGCACUCGGAACUUCCUGUCAUCCAGGGAAUCGUGCAGGAAGUGCGUCAGUCAGCCCAGCUGAUGCUGGGGGGCCUGCUGCAGCAGCUGCGGAGCAACACGCAGCUUCCCACGUGUCUCCGAGUGGUGGGCUACCUGCGGCGCAUGGACGUAUUCACGGAGGCGGAGCUUCGUGUCAAGUUCCUGCAGGCCCGCGGCGCCUGGCUGCGCUCUGUGCUGGACGCCAUUCCCGAGGAUGAUCCAUAUACGCAUGCGAGCAAGAGCGUGGAGGCGUGCAGGGUGCACCUCUUCGACAUCAUCACGCAGUACCGCGCCAUCUUCUCCGACGACGACGACGACGACGCUCCUUCGGGCCGGGUGGCGGUGAACGAAGCGGCCAUCUUCCACGGCUGGGUGCUCCAGAAGGUUUCAGACUUCUUAGAAACUUUGGAGCGGGACCUGCAGCGCGGAGUCGGCGGGCGCUUGGACUCCCUGCUGGGACAGUGCAUGUAUUUCGGCCUGUCCUUCAGCCGGGUGGGGGCGGACUUCCGGGGGCAGCUGGCGGCCAUGUUCCAGAAGGUGGCAGCCGAGGCGUUCCAGAAAGCCACGUGGGAGGCGGUGGAGGAGUUCCGGGAGAACAUGAGCGCUUACACUCUGGUGGCACUGCCCUCCGUGCUGGGCGGUACUGCGCCCCCUGCCGCUCCCGGGGUCCAGCCCGGAACACUGCAGCCCCCAAUGAGCCUCCUGGACUUCCACCCUCUGGCCCACUUCCUGAACAACAUCCUGACUUCCUUCAAUGAGCUCCGCCUCUGCUGUCCUCUCGGCCUCGCCCACCAUGUCACCACCCACCUGCAAGACGCCCUUCACACGGUGACGCAGCAGCUUUUGGCGUUCCAUCGUGCCGAGGAGUCGGCCUUCAGCGAGCGCGAACGGGAGCUCUUCAUGCACAUGUGCCGUGUCUACGCCCAUGACCUUUUGCCAUUCAUCAACCGCUGCCUGCAGACGCUCUUUCCACCCCAGCAGAUGGCGCUCGUCCUCGGCGUUCCGGCCUCCCAGCUGCACACUUUGGAAUGCUUGGGCCGAGUGGACGUGAAGGAGCUGGUGGAGCCGCUGGGAUUCUUGUUGCCGGACGAAGACUUUAACGCAGAGCGGGGCGACUCUCUGCCGCCAGAACCGACAAGUGACCCGGAUCCCGCCGCAGAGACGGAGAAGAACGCCGAAGUGACCGAGCAGACUUCCGAGGAAGGAAUGAAGGAACUGAAUGAAGCGUUGUCAUGGAAACCGGAACUCUGAGCUUGUUCCUCUGCAAGCUGGAAGGACUCAUUUCUGCCACCUAGUGGUCCUUGCUGUUGCUAACUGUGAUAACAGACAGGCUUCAAUGAAUAAAUACAAUAGCUGCAGUGUUUCCCAUACAGUCUCGCCGCUUUGCGGUUCCAAUUUUGCAGCUUCACUCUAUCACACUUUUUCAAAAAUAUAUGAAUAAAUGAUGCUGUUUCAUGCUUGAA